AACGCUAGGAGCCGCCGUUGCUUUGCAGAAGAAGCUGGCGGCGGGGCCGGACCACACGGACGUGACGCUGAGCCCGGAGGAGCGCGUGCGGGCCCUGAGCAAGCUGGGCUGCAACGUCACCAUCAACGAGGACAUCACGCCGCGGCGCUACUUCCGCUCCGGGGUGGAGAUGGAGCGCAUGGCGGCCGUGUACCUGGAGGAGGGAAAUCUGGAGAACGCCUUCGUGCUCUACAACAAGUUCAUAACCCUGUUUGUGGAGAAGCUGCCUGGCCACCGCGACUACCAGCAGUGCGCCAUCCCGGAGAAGCAGGACAUCAUGAAGAAACUGAAGGAGAUUGCCUUCCCGCGGACAGACGAACUGAAAAAGGAUCUUUUAAAGAAAUAUAACGUAGAAUACCAAGAAUGCUUGCGAAGCCAAGUAAGUGGGACAGCCGCCUCGGCCUCUUGUUCCUGGUCUUUUACUGCGCCGAGGGGCUCUUUCUGUUUCAUUUCUGCGGCGUGCGUGUCUUCAAUUCCUGGGCUUCAGGAUGAAGAAUGAACUUGGGGACGAAGUCACGUGUCCAUGAAAAAUUCAGGCCCCUCCUCUGGAGGCCAAGCGCCCCCCCAGGCUCU